AUGGCUGAUCAAAACCCUCUCAUGAUCUGGUCAGAGGCCAACAACUAUGAUUCAUUCCUUCAAGAAGACAUAUUCUCGUUUCUCGAUCAAUCACUUCUCAUCGAUCAAAACUCUUUCAUUAACCCUUUUAAGGAUAUCGAAACUGAGAGUUGGUUUUCUUCCCAAGAUAGCAUUGUUAAUCCUUAUUCUACUACCUUAGCGGCUGAUCAUACGUUUUUGGCUUCAUUUGAUCUUGAAGCCAUCUCUAGUACUUUCUCUCUAGAUGUACUAAGUGGGUUGUGGAAUAUGGAGAGUAAUGGUAACUACAAUAACCAGGUCGAACCAAUUCAAGAUGACAGAUCAAGAAGCACUAACAGCAUGGGAGAUCCUAAUAUGGAGAAAAUAUCGAAUGAAGACGACAACAGAAUAAAAGAGACAACAAACCAGAAGAGGAUAAUCAUGAAGAGGCGAAAUAGAGAAGAUGGGGUCAUCAAUAGUGUGUCAAGGGAAAUGAUGAAGCAGUACUUUUACAUGCCGAUAGCUAAAGCAGCCAAGGAGCUUAACAUUGGAGUAACUCUCCUUAAGAAAAAAUGUCGUGAGUUAGGUAUUCCUCGUUGGCCUCACCGUAAGCUCUCGAGCCUUAACACUCUAAUUACUAACCUCAAGGAAUCGUUACAGAAUACGGAGGGAGAGACGAACAAGAGUAAGCUGAGAGACGCUUUGGAGAUUUUGGAGAAAGAGAAAAAGAUGAUUGAGGAGGUUCCUGAUUUAGAAUUUGGAAACAAGACUAAGAGGUUAAGACAAGCUUGCUUCAAGGCUAACUACAAACGGAGACGGGUAUUUUCGUCUUCUUAA